GCACUUCUCAGCCUGGCCGUGGCAGCGGCGUGGAGAUCGCUUUCCCAGCAAUGCUUCGUGCAGGCACCGGCGCGGACGGUGGAGGGAGUGCAGUCGUUGAGGGUGUUGGAAACAACUGCCCUGUCCACUGGGCUGUCCAUGGCAGGAUCUCUGCCAGCUUUCGCGACUUGGGGCGAGGGCUCGGAGGCAGGGCAGAACAUCGACCCGGAUUCGACAGAGGCCUACAAUAGAAAGAUCCUGAACGCCACCGCCAUCUGCCUGACCUUCGCAGUGUUCCUCGUCGGCCUGGUGGUUAGCCAGGCCAGGAAACUUGUGGAGAACAGGUGGCUGAACUGA